AUGACCCCGUGCGAAUCGACAGAGUCGCACGGCGAAGUUGUUGAAAUGUGGUCAUCUGCUUUUCGAUGGAGAUCUUUUCAAGUAGUGGCAAUGGCAGAGGACUCGGAAAACGCGGAUGGAACGACAAUAGAGACCAAAUUACUUGCUUUCGUUUCACCAACCCUAGUUUUUGCGGCAUUGGGAAUUAAGAAGACUGAGCAAGUCAUUUCCUACACGGUGUUAGUCAUGAGGGUUCAACUACUGACGGAAAAAAAGAGAGGUGAACCUCCCGGCGGAAGUACUGCACUGUUGAUGUCUAAGCGAGCUGAUCAAGGUCUGGACUCGAUGAGCCAAAAUAAAUAUAGACCCUUCAAGAUAUGGAAUGAUCUGCCCUUCCACUGGUCUGGUGUUUAA